AUGUUCUCCAGACUAUUCUUCAUCUCCUGUUUCCUUCUUGGCGUCCUCCAUGUUGUUCUGGCUACAACCAUCCAUCGUCCUCCCUAUGAUCCUUCCAAGAACAAGCGAGGCCUAACCUUCAGCACACCAACAACCUGGAUUCAAGGCUUCUGUGGCGAUGGUACAUAUGUCACUUAGGCCUAUGACUGGGCUCAAUCCAAGCCUGAUAACUUUCCAGGAUGUCUAACCUAUAUUCCCAUGCUCUGGGGCGCCAGCCCAGGAAACGUCAAUGGCGUAUGUAACCCCAAACAUCAUUCCGCCAAGACUGCAUUUACUAACGAUAUGCUUUCAAGUGGAAAAAACGAGCUCAAGACUCCAUCAAUAAAGGCGCCAACCAUAUCCUUGGUUUCAAUGAACCUGAUCUCUGCUUUAUAACUGGUACAUACACCCAGGCUUGUAUGACACCGCAAGAUGCAGCAAACGCGUGGCGCCAGCAUAUCCAGCCCCUCGGAAAACAAGCCUGGCUCGUCUCUCCCGCUAUCACCAAUGCCGAUGGAUCAUUUAAAUGGCUCAGGGAUUUCCUGGCUGCGUGUCAUGAUUGCCAGGUCGACACUAUCGCUGUAAAUUGGUAUGAUACCGCGAAUAACUUUGGAUAUCUUCAGAGCUUCUUGCAGAGUUUGAAGAGCAUCAUUGGAAACAAAAAUAUUUGGCUUACUGAGGUAUGA